AUGUCUAGAUUGAAUCGGCCGCUUAAGUUAACUGAGUUGCAAACAGAAUUUGAUCGUCUUGCAAGUAAUGAUAACCGUAAAUUAGUCCUAUCUAAAGCUUAUAGUAUUUUAGCUUUAUCUGAAAUUUAUCAAUAUAAUGAAUUGCGAAGUAUAUCUACGAAUUUCCUUUUUAGGAAAUUUAAAAGUAAUAACUGGCAAGAUUUAUUUAUUGCUGGUGAAUAUCUAGAUAAGCUUAAAAAUGAAGUAGAAGGUGAAGUAAUUAGUAGUGCUAAAGAACACUUCCCUAAAGAGUACUUAGGCGUUCUUCUUCCAGUUAAGUUGGCUAGUAAGUCCUAUGAAACAGUGAAAGAUAAGCGUGUUUUCAAAGAACUAGAACCCUUCAUUAGUGAACAUAAGAUUGUAGAUCGAGUCGGUCAACGUACUGGCCAGCAACGUAGACGGAUUAAGGCGGCUCGAGAUAAGGCUCAGGCCGUCUCACACGAGCAGGUGGUGCAAAGACGGCGAGCUGAUCAGGCUUAUGCACGGGAGAUGGCUCGUUUAGAACAACAGUUGCGUAAGCAGUAG